ACAUCGCUUUGAGGAACAGAUUUCAGUCAUCUGGAAUCACUCGUCAGAAUACAUUUCAGGCUUAGUUCGCCUUUGAUUGGAGCUUUAUUUUUACUGUUUGUACGGUAAUGUUGCUAAUUGUAGCCUGAUGAUUGUUGUUGAUAAUAUUGUUCAUUUGCCAGGCCUGUUUAAUAGAUGUCUUUUGCUAAAUUUAGAUUUUGUUAGAUGUUUAAUUUAUUAUUUAUCCGUCGAUGUUUUACUAAAGCUUAACGUAGGACUGAAACUAAUUGUUUUUGUGUUUCUGCAAAGCAUUCUUCCUUUUAUCACCAGGAUGUAAUCAUCUGAGUACCAUGGGACUUGUUUACAUCUAAAACCAAGUCUGGCAAUAGGAUGAGUGAGCAUGGAGACAGCAUCGUCCCGUUUAACCCCACAGAUCUCCAGUCAGGAGAGCCAGCUUGUAAAACAGAUAUUACAGUUCUGAGUGUAAACCUGAGGACAGAGAAGAGCAACAAGGAGGAGCUCAAAGACAUCAAGAAGCCAUAUGAAGGUACCAGUCUACUUCAGGAUGAGCAUAACAAAGACGCCAAGCUUAGUUCAUUACAUCCUCAACCUCCCUCUCUGCCGAAGCCCGUGGGAUUGGGAAUGGGGGGAAAAAAUAUCUCAUUUGAAGAGAAGGCGAGGGGGAGAAGAUUGAGGAACAGCCAGGAGAGUCUCACCGACCCGGGAGAGACAGGCUCUUCCACCGAUUCGCUGAAAGAAGACACCUCGUCAAAUGGCCAAGGCCUUGCAUCCGGACGUCCCCUUGAUCUCCCACCCAUGGAGACACCGCCGUUCAGGAUCAGGACCUGUAGCUUCUCCGAGACUGAAAAUGAGCGCAGCGAUCCACAUAAAGAGCGUUUGAAACCGUCCCGAAUUAUUCUGUCCCCACUGCAGCCCAGUGGCACAUAUCCUCCUCUGGAGAACAGCGCAGCCUCCACGUCCUUAAGGACAACUAAUCGGAUUGACAGGGAUUGUCUGGAUUACAGUGCGGUGGGGAGAAGGGGGCGGUCGGAGAGGCUUCAGAGGAAUCUGAGCGACAGCCGGCUGUUGGACACGAUGGUGUCAGACAGUGCCUCUGUCCAUUCCAUGAAGUCAACCUAUAGCGUUCUGAACCCCAUCAGACCCCGGGAUGUGAGGAACAGGAGCUUUCUGGAGGGCAGUGUUUUGGGUAACGGUGCCUUGCUGGGGGCAGAAGAGCUAGACCGCUACUUCCCAGAGAGACGGCUCGGUAUCUACGUCGCCACAUGGAACAUGCAGGGAGAGAAGGGUCUUCCAUACAACCUAGAUGAUCUGCUGCUCCCCGCCGACACAGACUUUGCACAGGACGUCUACGUUAUAGGAGUUCAGGAAGGGUGUCCGGAUAGGAGGGAGUGGGAGAUCCGCCUGCAGGAAACUCUCGGGCCGUAUUACGUGAUGCUGUAUGCAGCAGCCCAUGGCGUUCUCUACCUCACUAUAUUUGUCAGGAGAGAUCUCAUAUGGUUCUGUUCAGAGGUGGAACAUGCUACAGUCACAACCAGAAUUAUUUCUCAGAUUAAGACUAAAGGAGCUGUGGGUAUCGGCUUCACUUUCUUUGGGACAUCCUUCCUCUUCAUUACGUCCCAUUUCACCUCUGGAGAUUCUAAAGUAUAUGAGAGGAUCUUAGAUUACAACAAAAUCAUAGAAGCUUUGGCACUUCCUAGAAACCUUCCUGAUACCAACCCUUACCGCUCCACAACAUCUGAUGUCACAACCCGUUUUGACGAAGUUUUCUGGUUUGGAGAUUUUAACUUCCGCCUAAAUAAAGCCAGAGGAGAGGUGGAGGCCAUUCUGAAUGGAGGUGUGGGUGCAGAUAUGAGCCCACUAUUACAACAUGACCAGCUGUUGAAAGAGAUGAAAGAAGGUUCCAUUUUUAAGGGGUUUCAGGAAGCAGCUAUUCAGUUUCCUCCUACGUACAAGUUUGACAUCGGUUGUGACGUCUAUGACACCACCACAAAGCAGAGAACACCCUCAUAUACAGAUCGGAUCCUUUAUCGAAACAGACAAGCAGAUGACAUUAAAGUGGUCAAGUAUGCAUCUUGCUCGUCCAUUAAGACAUCAGAUCACCGGCCUGUCAUUGGGAUGUUUCAGGUCAAACUUCGUCCAGGCAGAGAUAACAUUCCUUUGGGUGCUGGCCAGUUUGACAGAAGCCUGUAUCUAGAAGGAAUCCGAAGGAGAAUCACCAGGGAGCUGAAAAAGAAAGAGGCAGCUAUGAAAAACCAGAAUAACAGCACGGUUUGCACCAUAUCCUGAUCAGGGAGCAGCUUGUGAGAGCAGUAGGGUGAUCAAAUGGAUCAUUUCAAACACCAAGGUACUGACUUAGAAAGCUGGACUUUCGGGACCAAAGGAUAACUCCGUGCUAGAGAUGUCAAGUGCACAGUCCAGGGACUAACAGACUUCCGCUGGACGUUUAGCAGCUAAUGAUGGAACUAUACAACAUGAUAUAAAUCUAUAAAUUAUACUGACCAGAGUAAAUUGUUAACUGUACUGUACAUCUGCUAUUCCUAAUUCAUUUUUUGUAUUAUUUCAUAUUCUGGUAUUUAACUUGCAAGCCAAAAGGUUCUGUUCUGUUUAUGGUUUCAAAUGAUUGUGUUUCAUUGCCUUGCUAAACCAUUAACUGAUACUGUAAACACAUACCAGUACCAGGCUAAUCCUGGUCUCAUUUUUGAAGAGUUAGCUAACAAUGUGCUAACAGUUGUACUCCUUUAUAAAAGGGAACUGUACUGUAGCAUCAUUACCAGUUUUUAUUUAUGGACUGACAAUGAUAGGUCAGUGUGGGAUCAUGUCGAGAGGCUGAUCUUGGGUUAAACUGUGUGCAGAAUCUUAAGUGAGGAGGCACAGACUAUACUUGAGUUUACUUCCUUAACAUAUCCAAUCUAAUUCAGCUUACUUGAUGUCAAGUGUGAUAUAUGUAUGGGGACAGGAACGGUCCAUAGUAUUGGUAUUGCUUGCUUGUGCAUGGAUCUCAUUGACUGUGCUGUAACAUUAAGUCACGCAUUCACAACAUGAAUUUCAGUUCUAUUUGUACUGAAAGUGCCUGCGAUCGUUCUCAUGACUGCCUCAGUGACUUCAAAUACAUUCUGCUGUUUAAAACCAAACAAUAGCCUGUUAUAAAUGUUCGUUUACUGUGUAAAGUAAUAUAAAAACUCACACUUGAAGUGUUAUUUAUCACGAGUUUGUUUCAAUUACACAUUUUGAACCAAAUAUAUUUUGGGAUUCAAACAUAAACCAAGGAAACGGUUUCUCUAUAUUCAAAUCGUACAUGAAAACAAAUAAUACAAAGGCUCAAACUUUUCAUUCUUUUAAGGGAACACAAAGGUUUUUGCUCAUGACUGAUUCCAUCAUUGUCAUCAUCUUAUUAGGCAGUGGAAAUAUCUUAAGAGUAAUGGAAAUAUAUAACAGUACACUUGUACUGAUGAAGUACAAGGGAAUAAAUAUAUUAUUGUAGCAUAAUCCAACACAAACGGCUAAACAGACAUUUGGAAAAAGAAAGUGUUCAUGCUGACAGUGAUUCAGCAAGAGAAAAGGGGUUUAUCUUUAUAUACACUAAGAUUCGCUGCUAGGCUGAGUGGUAGAUAAGACAGUCAGUGUCAUUCUGUUCAGAUAUUAGAUCAAGGUUGUUGUUUUUUUUAUAUCAAGGGAUCAUUUCAGACAUUUGUGGGGAAAAUAUGGUGCAGAAUACCAUUUAGGUUUGCCCAGUUUUACACAGAAAAGCACAGCCUAUGAACAACAAUGUAGAAAUGGGAACAAAUGACAUGGGAAAGUGCACUAAAAGUUGAGCCAAUUAAGAUAGAAAUGUGAAAUAAUGCACUGGUGUGUAAAACUAAACUUAGUCAUCUCCAAGCUGUUAAAAUGUAAAAGAAUUUGCCACCCAAAUAUGAAAAUUCUCAUUUACGCACCAGCCUCGUGUCAUUACAAACCUUUCUUUCUUCUAUGCAACAGAAAAAAAGAUAUUUGGAAGAACCGAGCCCGUUAGAGCCCUCUGACUUACUUUGUACAGACAAAAAACUAUUCGUUUAAAAUAUCUUCUGUUAUUCCACAGUAGGAAGUCCUACAGUUCUGGAAUGACAUGAGGCUGAGUAAAUGAUGACAAUGUUUGAGUGAACUAAAGUCAUGUUUUAAACACUUUUUAGAGGAAAUGCAACCACAGUCCUUCUAAGCAUUGCACUUAAAUUCCAUCAAGAAAAUAUUUGUUAGGGGUGUCCUCAUUUUUUGCCUCUAGAUGGUGCCAGCUGUCUGUCCCCUAUCGGAACAGGCGAUACAUGCGAGGCAGACGUCCGUCUUUGCUAGAGAGAGCGGCCUGAAUGUCCUCAUACGAGGGAAGCUCGGUCAGAUCUCCCAGCGCUGCUACCGCAGGCUUACUACGCAGCAUCUUCCUUGUAACUCUCUUGAUGUCACUGGCUGUAACGUUACCUAAAACAAAGAAAAGUGGAGAGAGAAAUAGCAUGUUAUUUAAUAUUUUUACCAAACAGACGUCUCCAAGAAAAAUCUAGUGAAUGGUAUGAUACUGAUAUACCAUAUUAAAUAUGUACAGUCAUUA